AGAAACGAGAUCAAGCAUCCUCAGUUGAAGAGACACCAUCUAACUCGACCGGAUAUGUCAAUGCGUCAUUUGUAGCGAUAGCAGAACAAACAAGGCACAGAGUGCAAGAUGACGCUAAUCCAGUACACGUUGCGGCCAGAGCUACGAAUCGAAUGGCAAAUCAUUUCAUGAGAUCACUCAAUGAGAAUGACAAUGAGCUUUUACAACACAUUCCCCUGAGGAUCAUGGCAGUGAAUAACAGGGAGCUGACCUGGAAUGACAUAUCUCUUACCUCAAAGCUGCUUGGAGAAGGACACUUUGGAGAAGUACGGAAAGGAACAAUCAUCGUAAAUGGGGAAAGGAUUCCAUCUGCCAUCAAAAUACUGAAAAGUGGUGCUGAUGAUGCUAGCAGGCAGGACUUUCAACAAGAGGUGGACAUCAUGCGUCAUGUUGGGUAUCAUCCUAACAUCGUCAACCUGCUGGGAGUCUGUAUCUAUCAGGGUCAACAGUACAUGGCCCUUGAAAUGGCAGGAAAUGGCGAUCUACUGAAGUUUUUAAGGAAGUCUCGAGUGCUGGAAGCGGCAAGUUUAACUUACGUCAACCGGCCGAACUUCGGCGGCGGCCGCACGAUGUCCACCCUUUCGCCUGUCCAGCUAUUGCGUAUUGCCUGUGACGUAGCAACUGGAAUGGACCACCUGUCGUCUAAGCAGGUGAUCCACCGUGACCUGGCAGCCAGGAAUGUUCUCCUCACAGACAGCCUGAUCGCUAAAGUAGCCGACUUUGGACUGUCACGUGGGGAGGGCAUCUAUGAACAGACUUCAAAGAAAGCGAUCCCUUUCCGAUCUACUGCACUGGAGGCACUGACUAGAAGGAUCUACACAACAAAGAGUGACGUAUGGUCUUUCGGAAUUCUACUCUGGGAGAUUGUCACCAUUGGAGGAACUCCUUACUGCGGAAUGAAAUCCAGAACAAUCCUGGGUCGGCUGCGUGAAGGCUACAGGCUACCCAAACCCAGGAACUGUGAGGCAGACAUGUAUGUUUGUUCUUAUGUUGUCGCUUAUUUUACGUACAUAGAAAACUUGCUUUUCGUUCAUUGUACAACUCAUCUUUCUGCCACAUUUCUAUCUUGA